GCAUAAUUUCGUGGCUGGUCUCGAGAUCCGCUUAAUAUCCACACGUUCCAAAGAGUGGCCAGUACUUGUUUUUUCAAAAAUCUUCAAAACCAAAGUACGAAAAUGAGUAACGAUGUCAUCAAUCUCGUCGAUGCCAGUCAGGCAGACGAAGCGAUGGCACCAACAGGCAUUAUCAAUCUCGACUCAUCGCAGUCGCAGCCCAUUGGUAACUUCGAAGAUCGGGAUGCGGAUGCUGCAACGCCGCAUGUUCAGCCGCGUUGGGAUUUGCGACACGACGGCUUGCUUCAGGGCUUCCAACAACACGGUGAAGAUGUUCGAGAUGAAGCUGACGAGGAUCGGCCCUCCGAAUCAAAAAAACGACGACUAAACGAUCAUAGCAACGACCACUCUGUUUUUCACGGGCUGGAUGAGCAUUGUCCGAUGGGGGAUGCCGUAGAAGAAGGAGAUGAAGACGGAAGCGCUGAAGUCGAUGUGCAUCCGUACAGGGCUACCGUUCUUCAAAUAGGCGGGACUGGAGAUGGACUGAAGCAGCUCCUUCCACCAGGAAAUUCGGUGUCAGGAAACGGAGCAGGACCUGGAGCAUCAUCUUCCUCAUCAGCUUCUGCUUUUGGGAAUAAUAGAAGUGGAGGUGCUCGUGCUGCCGCCGCAGGGCAACAUGGUUUUAGCAGAGACGGCGACGACCAGGAAGGAAACGAAAAGGAGGAUGCGUUCAAUAUGGAGAAAUUGAAGAAAAUGAUCGGCGAAAUGGCUGAGCGAGAGAAUGAGCAGCGAGAAAAGAGUCGGCGCCAACGUGGUUUACCUCCGAUUGGAGAGGUCAUGCGCCAGUUGUUGAGAUUGAAAAAAGAACAAGAGGAAGAAGAAGAUGAACAUCGAAGAUCGCCUAACACGAAUAUCUCCAGAAAGACAAAUAAGAAGGACGCAACGUCAUUGCCAUUGGAUGUUGAUGAAAGUGGUGUUGGACGGUUAGUAGAAUCCGGAAUCUAUUCGAGCAGUUGGCUGCAAAGGGAGCCGUGUGAAAUGGACGAUUCGAAGACACAGAGCACGUUUGUGGUCAAAAGAGUUCCGCCGCCGCAGCCGCUCCGUCUAUCGCCGCAUGCAUCGCCUACGGCAAAGGUCGAUAAAUACCGGAACCAGCAGGAAAGUGCAAAUGCUAGUGCAGCACAACACCGGCAGGAAGCUGACAAAAUUGGUUCUUCAUUCGUGCUUCGCGCGUACCCGCAAGGGCAACAGGUCAAAGAAGAGGAGCCGCAAGAUUCAAAUAGCAUGAUGAUUGUGGCAGCAGAUUUGCCACCUGUGCCGUCGCCGCUAGCAUCUUCCCUCUCAUCCUCCGAUGUGGUCGUCAAGUUUCAUUUCCCACGUAUGUUGGAGCCUCAGCAAUUAGUGGCGACUGCGGUUGUGCAGGCUUUCUUGUGCGGCAAACAUGCAGUUUUAGAAUCUCCGACGGGGACGGGAAAAACAGCAGCGCUGCUGACGGCCGUGCUUGCUGCGCAACGAGACAUGCAGACAAGAUUCGGGUGCGCACCGCAGAUCAUCUACGGUACAAGAACGCACGGCCAGGUAAAGCAGGUGGUGAAAGAAUUGCGCGCUUCGCCCUAUCGACCGAACGUCGUUUGCUUAGUUAUGGUUCGUUUUCAUGGUCUUUGUCAUUUAUUACACCGGGGCCCACGUCGGCUAUUCCAGCUAAAGUACUUAUUCUCUAAGAGUUGCCACAUAUUAAGCACCAUCUUCAUGGCCUAGUCUUGAAGUAGACCAUAUGUAAGUAUGAUUCUAAUGUCGGCAGUCGGGAUAAGGGCUACUGCGUCAACGAAGAUGUCCUGAAAACACGCGGAGAGAAACGGCAACUGUGCCAGCAAGCAAGGCAAUAUCACCGGCACCCGCCGGAACCUGAUGGGAAGCCGCCUCCUCCCAAGUGCGGGCGCUUCGACGCCUUAGAGCAUGAUGUUGUCGUAGAAGCCAUUCGCAAGGAGGUCCAGGCGCCGCCCACAACCACAAACAUCGGGAAUAAAGCCACAAAAUUUCCAAUACCGCAGCAGAGUGGAGCGCAAAAAGCUGGCCGUUGUGGUAUCAAAAUGGAACAAGGAGAUCAGGGUGGAGGUUGCGGUUGUGGAUCUGUAGUUGGUCAAGAAGAACCUCAACAUCAAGCAGGUCAAGCAGGUCGCGGAUCAGCGGCAGCUACAGACUUGGUUGCAGUGGAUCCGCGAGCACCAACGACAACGUUUGGCAAGAUGAUGAAGAAGAAACUAGCUACAAUGUUGAAGACGCACAACGCCACCCCUGCGACGUACUUGCAGGAUGUCGAAGACCUGGCGACGACGGUUAGAGAACAGGGUGGGUGCCCGUAUUUCAUGUCUUUAGCACUUUUGCCAGAAGCCAGCAUCGUCGUUUGUCCAUACAAUUACGUCCUCGAUCCGCAGAUACGAGCGGCCGUUAAAUUGCCGAUCACGGGCAGUUUCGUGCUUCUCGACGAAGGGCACAACAUAGAGUCUGUCUGCAAGGACGGCGGAAGCUGUAACGAGAUCAAAGCAGAGAGACUCAACAUCGAUUUGCCAAUUUUAAGGGACAAGCUGCCGCUGUUUUUCCUGGAGAAACCUGGACCGACAGCGCAGAUAGCCAGAGUCUGCAGAUUUUUCGAGCAUUUGCUCGACAAAUUGAACGAGUGGCGCGCCAUCAUGUAUGAGAAGGCGCACAAACUUGCGACUCAAAGAGAGCAUAGAUGGUUCAAAGACCUUGAGCAAAAUCCUUUUAAGGAGAUGACUAGGUAUUGGUUUUGGGCGGAGGCUAGCUAUUCUGCAGACAUGCUCAGUGGUUCCCGCACUGGAAAACUAGAACGCUUCAAGAUCCAGGAGUUCUUGGACGAACUGUGUAUCGGAGGUCCUCCUGGCGCAAGAAAACGUCCUCAACCUAGUGUCAGUGUGACGCCUGGUAGAACGUUAGGUCCACCAUCCGCUGAUGAUCAAUUACCGCACGGGCACAACAAUGCUGUAGACACAACGCCGUCCCGCACUACUGAAGCAUGUGAGGCGGAAGCGCGACAGUGCUUCGAUUUGAAGGGUGUUUACGGUGCAAUUAACGACGACCAAACCGGGCUGAUUGCGAGAAUGGGGAAGGAAAUCGAUCAACAGCGCCGAAAGCAGGUGUACGGCAUGUACAACCUCAAGAACCCUGUUACCGGUUACCUCAAUGUUGCAGUUAAACCCGAGCACCUUUCGCAGUGUAGUCGGGCACUGCAGAACAUGGCGCAGAUCGCGCGGGUGCUCCUGUUGCUCUGCGAUCACCCGCGUGACUAUGCGGUCCACUUUGACCCCGUUUCGAAUUCGAAGCCUGAGUGGACUCCAGGGGGUCCUCCGCAAGGUUUCUGGCAGCCAGGCCGUGGCUACCAGCGCGCUUUGUCGGAGUUUGGCCAACUCUCGAUACAGCUUCUCCGACCAGCUGUGACGUUCAAGGAAGUAGCCCGCGACGCACAUGCUGUUGUGCUAGCAAGCGGCACGCUGUGUCCAAUCACAGGCCUGUUUGCCGAAUUGGGCGAGGAGUUUGCAGAUCGCCAGCUCAUCAAGCGUCAUUGCCCUGGUGAACACGAGCAACAGCAGCUGAGUGCUUUUUCAUCUUCUCGCGGAGGUGGUUCAGGCAGUGUCGUAGAUGCGAUGAGCCUGACGAGGGCUGCGCUAAAUACAAAUGUAACUGGACAGAGAAAUCAAUCCCCGGCAGCAUCACUGGGGCAGUCUCCGAAGAGUUACAAUUUGUCGCCGCUGGAUGCUUCGCAUGUGAUCGACAAGAGGCAGCUGUUGGUGCAAAAGGUAGGAACGACCUGGGACGGCAUGAAAUUUGCGUGCACGCAAAAUGAGCUGAAGUCCUGGAACGCUACGAAAAAGGAACAAGAGUGGAACACGAAGCUGCUUUUUAAGUUAGGUCGGUCCAUCUUGAAGCUUGUUGAGGCUGUUCCAGGAGGCUUCUUGAUCUUCUUUCCGACGUACGACAUGUUGAAGAUCUGUGAUGAGGUCUGGAGAGAAUUGGAGCCAGAUGAUCUGCUGGUGGAGCUGGCUCAACAAGGCCAACAAGAGACAGGAAAUGGAAGCGCACAGCAGACGAGGAUGAAUAACAAUUAUACUGCAGCAAAGGGAAGGAGUCUCAAUCAUGGAAUGGGUGGUGGCGACGCUAGUGGAGCGAAUGUAACUACACAUAACGCGCGCGGAACGGGCGCGCCAAAUCAACCGUUUCAAUCGCUGCGGUCAGCAUCAAAUGCAGCAGCUGGUCCGCGACGUCGACUCCCAAACAACAAAACACUCAUGGCAAAAAAUAAGGGAAAAACUAUGUACCAGCAGAACGCUGUUGUGGGGAACCAGAGGCAGCGGAGUCGUAGCGCAUCUUCUAGCGGGCGGAGCUCCGAAGAGCAUCUACGGCCGCACCAGUACGGAGCAAACCGCGCUCAGGAUGGUUUCACAACAGAAACUAUCAUGCAGGCACUCCACCGAUUGAAGAAGGGCGUGCUCAUUGAGACCAAAGAGACGGACAUAAAGGAAAUGCACGAGCAGUACACAGCGCUGAUUGAGGAGCACAAGUGUGGUCUGCUACUUGGAGUGAUGCGCGGAAAAUGCAGCGAGGGCAUAUCGUUUAACGACUACCACGCACGAGGCGUCGCCGUCAUCGGGAUUUGUCUCCCUGCGCUCGGCGAGCCAGAAAUCGUGCACAAAAGAGCGUAUAACGAGUUCAUGAGCAAGGGUGGCAUUUCGAAGGAGCAAAGGGAAGAAGAAAGAGUUGCAAGAAUUCGUGAACGUACACUAGCAAGACUGAAGAGCGAAGCCGAAGCAGCAGAACGAGCAGGAAAGAAGGCCUCGCCCGAGCAGCGUCCGGCCUGCUCCCCAGGCGCAGUCGCCGACAACAAGGCUAGUAAUGCGUCUGGAGUUCUGCCUAUUCAGCAGUCACAAUUUGCGACAGGGCCUGUGCAGCAAUCACAAUUCGCUACCUGCAUUCCGACACCGAUUGCAUCAAAAGGUUCGGUCAUUCCUGGUGCCAGUGCAGCAGCUUCGUCAACGGGUGGCUCUGGUCACUCGCGAACUGUGGGAUUUGCGAAUAUCAACGCAAACACCCAAUUGAUCUCGGCAACACUCAGUGCUCCAACUGCAACACCAACUACAACUGUUCCUGGCUUAGGACUUGGGUUAGGAUCUACUCCGUCUGCGCCUUCUGGUACGCAACCGCAUCAAACCGGCUGUUUUGGGAAUGGAAUUGCGCAAGGUUUUGGAGGGGCGACAGGUGGAAGUCAACAAGACGGUUUUAGUGGGUUUGGAGGUCAGAGUGGGUUUGGAGGACAGCCAAAUCAGGCACGGAGCAGCGGCUUUGGAGGUACGACCCCCGUUGUUGGUGGCUUUAGUGGAUUCACCGGUUUUGGCGGCUUCGGCCCCCAGAUAGGCAACAACAGUACCACAGUAUUUGGUGGUAGCUUUGGAAAUGUUAACUUCGGUGGUGGUCUGAUAAACGCUGGAGUGUUGAAUCCUGCUGCUCCUGCGGCAAGACCCCAAAACACACCGGCACCUCCAGGCUUUGGAGCACCCUCAACAACGCCUGCAGGGUUUGGACCAGCAGCAGCUGCACAACGACCUCAACAGAAAGUCGGGUUGCGUCAGCCCGUUGCUGCUCAGAAUCAACAACCUCAAAUGUCGGGCUUUAACAAUGUUGGUCAGACACAACGAGCGCAGGGACGAGUUGGAUUCGCUGGUAACAGCGCUGGGGUGGCCAACAACGCUGCUGCCACGACCGCAGGCCAACAGCUUUCAUCGUCGCCCCCCAAGACGACUACAGGGACUAUCGUUGCACAGGUGGCGCCGAGUGCGAAAAAGUUUAGCAGCGGGGACGAGUGGUACGAUCAGCAGGCGAUGCGGCCAACUAAUCAGGCAUUGGGGCGUUGUAUUCGACAUCCGCACGACUUCGGUGCGCUCUUCCUUUAUGAUUGGGUUCUAGUUUGUGUUUAUUUAGAUAAAUUUCUAUGUAAACAAACUAAGAUCCUUUUCUUUGUAAACAAACUAAGAUCCUUCACACGACGAGGACCACGGGAUCAGGAUCCACAAAUAGAAAUAUGCACUGCAAUCAUGAUGAAGACCAACUUUAGAUGUAUCAGGAUUCGUAUUUCGCUUCUGCGAUGACGAAAAACCUGUUGUUGCCUUCCUUCUGACGUGCUUUCUGUCUUUUACAAAUAAAAGAUCUCGAUCAUUCAAAGUAAGUAGGAGUAACAUAAUCCUUUUCUUGUCGUGCAGUCGCUGUGCUGAAAAAUGAUGAGACACUCGAGAUAACGAAUUCACCGUUUCUCAAACAUUCGCAGUAAAUGUCCAAUUUUGGGUCUGUUUCGCAGACCUUCAUGAUGGACAAACUUUCCUUAGAUGUCUGACUUUCACACAGCGGCUGAACACUAAGUGAUCUUCAGAUCCCGAGCUUUUAAGUAUCCUGCUCAUUGACCUGCUUAAAACAACAUUUUUUCUGGUGCUUUGACUAAUACAAGUGAGAACCUACUUAAUAUGAACAUCAACAUACGUCGUCAUCGUCUACGUCUUUUACUGCCUGAGAAAUCUGCCGCAGUCGCCCUCGCGUAGUUCCAAGCAGUAAGUAAAUUUCUUCCCCUUCUAAUUCCCGUUCGACCAGCGGUGGAAUCAGGCAAAAUACUCGGGGAAACUAGCGAAAUGGAUGCGCGAGGACAUAGGUGUGAAACCCCCCUGUACUAACUACGACGAACUACAGCGUGUAAUACGGGAACAUUUUGAGUAUAACGACGAGAAGUGGGCGGCGCAUUUGGCCGAGACGGGAGGUGAGCAGCAAUACAGCUGCAAGCAUGAAAUGAGUCCUGAAGGAGAUGACGCUGCAGAAGAUACUAGCUGGUGACGAUCAUCUUCGUACAAGUUGCAAGUCUACAAAUUAUACAUAGAUUUAUCCUUGCAUUCUGUGAUUUUUUUUCACAAAAACUGAACUGGGCAAACGCAAAAUGAGCCCUAUGCAUAAGUCGAUCCCGUGUAUAUUCCGGCUGUAAGUAAUGAACACUUCGCUGAAAUAAUGCGGACGCUGAGAUGAUCGCAGAGUUUGAGUUUCAGCUCGUUUAAGGAAAAAACGGCUAGUGCAUUUGACUGCGUUUUUGAUUUAGCUGAGGAGGCAAGGACAAGACCACGAACAGGGGAGAAAGACCAAACUUGGAGAUCUUUUUUUCAGGUUACCUUUGUUUGCACAAAGGGGAGGCCAUUUUUAUUGCGCUUCUAU